AUGUUACUCUACCUUGCCAUUUUGGCGCUAAGUUUGGCGAUCUUUUGGAUCCGCAAGCGGUACUCGUACUGGAGCGAUCGUGGCGUUCGAUACCUCAAGCCUACGUUCCCUUUCGGGAACAUUCGGGGUUUGGGCCGGAAGGAGCAGCUGGCGUUGGCGUUUCAACGACUGUACCUGCAGCUGAAGGGCAGUGGACCGUUUGGAGGGGUGUUCUUCUUCGUGAAUCCGGUGGCGAUGGCGCUGGAUCUGGACUUUGUGAAGAGCGUGCUGGUGAAGGAUUUCCAACACUUUCACGAUCGUUCGAUUUACUACAACGAGCGGGACGAUCCGCUGUCGGCGCAUCUGGUGACGAUUGAGGGGACCAAGUGGCGGAACUUGAGGACGAAGCUGACUCCGACGUUUUCGUCCGGGAAGAUGAAGAUGAUGUUUCCGACGAUCAUGGGGGUUGCGGGGCAGUUUAGGGAGUUGCUUUUGGGGGUAGUUGGGAGUGGUGGUGAGGUUGAGAUGAAGGAGAUAUUGGCACGGUUUACAACUGAUGUGAUUGGAACGUGUGCUUUCGGGUUGGAGUGUAAUAGCUUGCAUGAUUCGGACGCGGCUUUUCGACGGAUGGGGAGGAAGGUUAUGGAACCACCACCGGGUCGGCUGUUUGUUGUUAUUUUGGCGCAGCAGUUCCGCAAGAUCGCACGGGCACUUCGUGUGAAGACGAUCGAUACGGAUGUGUCGCAGUUCUUCAUGAAUGCUGUGCGUGAAACGGUUGAAUACCGGGAGAAGAACCGCGUUGAGCGGAAUGAUUUUAUGAAUCUGUUGAUCAAGAUGAAGAAUGGUCAACCUGUUGAGGAUGGAACGAUGGUUGAUACGGAGGGACUCACGCUGGAGGAAAUAGCCGCGCAAGCGUUUGUGUUCUUCCUGGCCGGAUUCGAGACGUCUUCGACGGCAAUGACCUACUGCUUGUACGAGCUAGCUAGGAAUCCGGAUCUACAACAGAAGGCCAGGGACGAUGUUCUGAAGACAAUCAAGAAGCAUGGAUCGCUUACGUAUGAAGCCGCUCACGAUAUGCACUACAUCGAGAUGUGCAUCAACGAAUCCCUUCGCAAGUACCCUCCGAUAGGACAGCUAACCCGGACCGUAUCCAAGGACUACAAAGUACCCGGCACGGAGCACACCCUCGAGAAGGGAACCACCGUAGCGAUCCCGGUGUACGGAAUCCACCACGAUCCGGAGUUCUACGCCGACCCGGAACGGUACGAUCCGGAUCGGUUCCUUCCGGAAGAGCUCGCCAAACGGAAUCCGUACAGCUUUCUUCCCUUUGGGGAGGGCCCGCGUAACUGCAUUGGGCUGCGCUUUGGAAUGAUGCAGGCUCGAAUUGGACUGGCAACACUGCUGAAGGACUUCCGGAUUAGGAUGUCCAGCAAGACGCAGGAACCGCUACGGAUUGACGCGCAGAAGGUUGUACUCACCUUUGAGGGGGGACUGUGGUUGCAUAUUGAGAAAAUUCAAGCCAAUUAAAAUCUU